GACCACGGAGAGAUGUUUUUUUAAAAGUGACCCACCAUUGUACAAGGUAAUCCCUUAGCUCUGUUUCUUGAUUCCAAACUGGUCCUCCGAUGUAGUCUGCAAAGGCUUUCCAGAUGCUUUGUGCCAUCUCACAUGUAAGUAGCGUGUGUAUAUCCGUAGCUUCAGCCUUGCCACAUAAUAAGCACUUACUAGGCAGGUUAAAAUUCAGUUUGUUGAGAAUAUUGGGAAAAGGGAGAAAAUGGUUCAAAGCUUUCCAAGUGAAAAGCUUAACCUUAGGAAUCUGAAAUUUGUUCCAGUUAAGGGUGAAAAGCUGCUCACUGAUAUUUCUUUCCCUUACUGCCCAGUAAGCCUCUUUGAAGGAGAAUUCUCCAUUGAUCCAACUGUAGGUGUGAUUGGACAGGGUAGUAUUCUGGAGACCUAUUCAGAGUCAUCACUGUCACUUUCCAGUAAGGGGGUAAAUUUUGAGCUAUCAAUAAAGGGUAAGGCUGUUGAGACAUCAACCUCUACACAGAAGCGUGCAAGGUCUGGUCUGGAGAAAUUGAGAGGGUUUUCAUCAACUUUAAGUGGUCUUCCCAAUGAAGAUGCAAUAACAGCCAGGGCUCUUUGAUCAUGAAGGUAGAUAGGUAAGUUUGGACAAGAAACCCAAACAGGAACGAUAGGACAAUCUGCUCCCUCAAUGUGAUCAGGAGUCCACUUGGUAACCACCAUAAGUUGAUUACCCACCAGCCAAGUUUGCCUGAAAAAAACUCUUUGAUAAUCU